GCUGGGUUAGUUGAGGGCGCUGGUAGCAUCACUGCAGCAAGGCAAAAAUACAGAGAGGCCAGGAAAGCUAACCCUCUGCAAAAACUGGGCACAUUUGCAGCGGCGUUUGAAACAGCUACAUCGUUCAUCAGCUUUAUAACUCCCGUGUUUAGCGUGUUCAGUGGAAUCACUACCAUCGCGACAACGUUCCUGACUCCAAACCCAUUUGAUGAGCUAGCAAAAUAUUUGGACGACGAGUUCAAACAGAUAAACAACCGACUCACUGACAUACAGGCCGACAUAGCUGACUUGGGCCGUCUCAUUGAGGCUAAAGGAGGAGUGUUAGCGAUGGCAAAUCAACUUAGCGCGAUACGGUAUACCAUCAGAAAUUAUGGUGCCUUGGUAGAUGCCAUUUCGGCUAAACCGGUUUGUGGAGCAAGAGAAUUGUCGCAAAUGCCAGAGGUAGAGCAGUUUAUGAGACAAUAUCAAUACGAUUUCGUAGAUAACCGUCUCUUGGACCUCUAUGGGGUAGAACUUGGUGAACUGGUAGAAGCAACCUCUCUUCUCACCCCUUACAUGAUGGCUUAUUGUCGUAGCAAAAAACAUCUCGUACAGAAGUUUGCACAAGAGUUAAUUUACUAUGGUUAUGCAGGCUUGAAAUCCUACUUCACUUACCGCAGCCUUUUGGAUGCUACAAAGGGCUCCAAAAGCAGCCUUGAUGAUGGAGCCAACAAUGCUUUGAAGACCAAACUCCACAAAUUUUUGAAGAUGGCGCAAGUGUUCAGGGAAGCUUCGCUAUCAAAACCAGGUCGUGCACUCCAGUUGAAGCUGGAGGACGAAAUUUUGACGCAAAUAACCAAAGAUGAGGCAGGCAUUACCGAUUGGCUAAGCAAAAGGAUCAUCAACCCAAACGACUGGCCUUAUGAGUGUGUGAUCAAGGACGCCGAUGGACAGGAAAACAACUCUCUGGUAAUACAGUAUCGGAAAAUUAACAAAAUUAUAGACAGUUUUGUUGGAGUAACUAACCCUGAGCAGUUGUUGACGAAUAAGCCGUGGAAUAUCCAAGUGAUAACGGAAUAUGAGAUAGGAAGUACCUAUGUGAGGGUCCCAAGAUGGAAAGGCUUGGAUAACUGCACAAAGCCAGGAACGGACAAUGUGAUGAUUGUAAGUUACUAUCCCGACCUUUGCUGUGGAGAGGAAAAGACAGUGUUCGUAUCCUGGAAAAAGAUGGCUGUCUGUUUUUACCAGAAAGGUCCUACAGGUGGUAGGUUUAGGAACUGCGGGUCGAAUAAGGGGAGAGAUUGUGAAUUCUAUGGCCCCAAAGAAAUGCUGAACACUGCAGAUCGUUUUUGAAGUGCCAGAAGGAAGUAAGGUCACCAUUGAUUAAAGCCUGUUUUUGAACAGCCUACCGAUCACCGCAAGAUUAUUGCUAAAUCAAUCGCUACCACAUUGAUAAUCUCUUGUUUCUCGAUCAUGUAGAAGAAAAAAUGCAAUGCAUGUAACUCUGAUGAAAAACGUGUGCCAAGGUUUGAUAUGAACCCAUCAGUCUUGUAAUCAUGAUUUACAUAGGGCACGUUACAUGGCCGCGCGGGGAUAUGAAAUUAAUUUUGUCUUCGAGCGUUGAAAAAUAAAUAAAUUUCGUAUCUCCAAGCGACAAUGUAAUUGU